GCGUUCACCACGGAGAUUGGAUUGGGUCAUCUCUCCUAGAUCUAGCAUCUUUGGAUCAUCUGCUUGCCAUUUUCAAGUUCCCUUCACGAGCCCUGACGGGCGAUUUAUGCUAGCUGGUGCCAGCAGUUGCGGCUAGACAUCGUCUCGAGCACUCUAACAUCACGAAGUUUAUAUUCGCAUUUCACGACAAAAUGAAGCUCUUCCUUUCUGUUGCAUUUUGCAUAGCUGCGGCCAAGGCACAGUCGUUCGUCGACAGUUUAAGUUUCGGUCAUCAAUCGAGGAUAUCCCCAAACAAUGAUGCCAUCCCCGGCUGGGACCUGGGGGGCGAUCAAUUCAGACCCCAAAUACUUUCGGACAAAAUCAUUCUGACCCCGCCUUAUCCAGGCCAUACAAGGGGUUCCUUGUGGGCCCAAAGUCCUAUAUCCGAGCCCGAAUGGAUUGCAGAAUUCCAGUUCAGAGCUAAUGGCCCCGAGAGAGGCGGUGGCAAUCUCCAGCUGUGGUACACGAAAGACGGACAAUCCAAGGUCGGAACGUCCAGCAUCUAUACUGUCGGCCCAUUCGAUGGCCUGGCACUCACGAUUGACACCCACUCUGGAAGAGGCGGAAGUAUUCGAGGAUUCCUGAAUGAUGGAACAACUGACUACAAGUCUCACACCAAUGUGGAUAGCCUGGCGUUUGGUCAUUGUGACUAUCCUUACCGUAAUCUCGGUCGCCCGUCUGUUCUUCGGAUUAGGCACACAAACACUCUCCUCGAGGUGACUGUCGAUGAUAAACUCUGCUUCCAGACGAACAAGGUUGCACUACCUGCUGGCAACACCUUUGGAGUCACAGCAGCAACCCCAGACACUCCAGACUCUUUCGAAGUCUUCAAGUUUCUGGUGUGGACUUUGCAGUCUGGCACGACGAGACAAGCGCCUCCAAGCCAGCAGCAGCAGGGCAGCCAACAACCCCUGUACAACCAACAAGACUCUGGCUCUCAGGACAUCCAAGAUCAACCUGCAUCGUUCUACACAACGUCGGCGCAGCAAUUUGAAGAUCUUCACGUUCGCCUCCAGCUCAUGAGCAAGGCGAGCAACACCAUGCUCCGCGAGAUCACCGGAUUGAGGUCGAAGCAAGAGGAACGCCAUCAAGAGCUCCUCCGCAACUUCAUCAGCAAAGAUCACUACGCCAAUCUCGAUGCCCGAUUGCAGAGAAUCGAGUCUCUCCUCCAGGCUAUCCAGCGUGAUGUACAAGGCAAAGACUACCAGGACCGGUUCGCCCAGCUCCAAGAAGCUCUGAAGAGCUCCCAUCUCACCCUGACUGAGAGCCUGCAGACUUCCAUCUACACUAUGAUCGCCGCCUCUACCCCUAGAAUGGGCCUAUUCGUCUUCGUCCUCAUCGCCUUCCAAAUCAUGCUCGCUGGAUCCUACGUCAUCUACAAGAAACGUCGCGCAAACAUGCCCAAGAAGUUCCUUUAGAUAAUGAUGAUGACAACCAGCCCUACCUACCUCAUCCAUCAACCUCUUAUGAGGUCCUUCAAGAACUCCUCGUUUUUCAGCAUGUGUUAAUGACGUCCAUCUCGUCUUUCUGAAA